AUGGUUGCCUUUCCCCCUCCUCCGGUCAACACCAUUGACUGGUCCAACGUCGGCUUCAAGGUCCGCGAAGUCAACGGCCACAUCGAGUCGACCUACACCCAGAGCACCGGCCAGUGGACGCCCCUGCGCUUCGUCGCCGACCCGUUCAUGCGCAUCCACGGCAUGUCGCCCGCGCUCAACUACGGCCAGCAGGCGUACGAGGGCCUCAAGGCCUUUCGCCUGCCCGGCGACGACCGCAUCGCCCUCUUCCGCCCGGACCGCAACGCCGUGCGCCUGCAGCACUCGGCCGACGUGGCCUCGAUGCCGCACGUGCCCGAGGCCAUGUUCAUUGAAGCCUGCCGCGCCGCUGUCGCCCUCAACGCCGGCUUCGUGCCGCCGCACGAGACGGGCGCCGCCUUGUACGUGCGCCCACAGCUCUACGGCUCCAGCGCGCAGCUGGGCCUGACGGCGCCGGAAGAGUACACGUUUUGCGUCUUUGUCAUCCCCACGGGCGUCUACCACGGCACGCACCCGGUCAAGGCGCUCGUGCUCGACGAGUUUGACCGCACGGCGCCCAAGGGCACCGGACACGCCAAGAUUGGCGGCAACUACGCGCCGGUCCUGCGCUGGAGCGACAAGGCGCGCGCCGACGGCUACGGAAUCACGCUGCACCUCGACAGCCUGCACCACGACGAGAUUGACGAGUUCAGCACGAGCGGCUUCAUCGGCAUCGUGGCCCGGAACGAGACGGACGUGACGAUUGUGGUGCCCGACUCGAGCUGCGUCAUUGACAGUGUCACGAGCGACAGCGUGCAGCACAUGGCCCGCAGCUGGGGCUGGACCGUCGAGAAGCGCGUCAUCAAGUACAGCGAGCUGCCCAAGUUUACCGAGGUCAUGGCCGCGGGCACGGCGGCCGCGCUGGUGCCGAUCCGCUCCAUCACACGCCGUAUCAAGGGCGGGCUGCCGGCGGCGGCGAAUGUUACGACGGACGAGACCUCGGAGACGGUGACGUAUAUCCCGACGGAACAGGAGGACGCGGGUCCGAUCUGCUUGAAAGUGCUGGCGCACCUCAAGGGCAUCCAGCUGGGCAAGGUCGAAGACGCGUUUGGCUGGCGCUGCCCGGUGACGGCGGAGGACCUGAAGGUGGGUGGCGCGCCGACGACUGGUCAUGCGACGCCGCAGACGGUGGACCAGAUGGACUAG